AUGGACUCCUCUGGCAACCCUCACCACCCAGACAUGUCCAACUCCUCGCCUCCAGCUUCCCUCAUCGACGGGCAAUUCCAAUCGUUUCAAACGCCCGGCGCCGCUUCUUCGACCGCCGGCGAAUCGCAGGCAAUGUCGGCGCCUUGGCCGUGCUCUGCGUCGGACCAUUUCAUCCAAAUCGCCGCCAACUCUCCCUUGAAGAAAAUCCCGGGGUUGACAUCUGAGUCCGAUGUCACGUCGCCGCUCCCGCCGCUUCCUCCUCCAAUAGCAGCGUCGCCUCUGCAGGAGCUGGUUCCAAAUGCCGACGUGCCUUGUCUUUCUAACUCUUCGUUGCAUGUCGUUCCGGGCUCGACCGCGACGGAAGAUCCGCGGACUCUCGACGCACCGCAGAUUUCCACUGCUGGCGGAGGCGCAAGAGGACCAGCGCAGCAAGCUUCCCCGCAGGCGGACUUCCGCGUGUUCCUCCGCCCGUUCGCCUCUCCGCCUCCCGUGCGCCUGGACGUCGAUGGCGAGGGGGGGUUUGCGCAACUUCUCGCCUCCGCGGAUUCCGCCGUUUCUUCCGCCAUUCCCCCUACCUUCGCGCUGGACGCGCAUUCUACGGAGCGGGGAGCUGAGCUCGGCGCGCUUCCGUCGCGCAGCUCCCCACUCGGGGGGGUCGCAGAUGACUGGCGGGACGAAUCUAGGCUAGUGGUGAUGGUGGAGCGAUACAAGGUGGCAGUAGACUGCUUCUUUGCAGUCUGGUUUGUACUUGGCAAUAUCUGGGUCUUUGGCGCCAACUCCGCCGCACAGGCCGCACCGAGAUUGUACAAUCUGAGCGUGGUGUUUCUGACCCUCAGCUGCGUCAGCUACGCCAUGCCCUUCCUCCUCUGCGCCACCAUCUGCUGCUGCCUGCCCUGCAUCAUCACGCUCAUGGGCUUCGAUAAUGAUAUCGCCUCCAUCUCUCCAGCUUCUAAAGGCGCUGCUCCCGAUGAGAUCGCCUCGCUGCCGUGUUUUAAUGACUGCUCGUCGGAAGAGGUGGGGCUGCUGUGGGCAGGGACGGACAAGGAGCGUGUGGUGCAUGGGGAGGAUGCAGUUUGCUGCAUUUGCCUGGGGCACUACAAGGAUGGGGCGGAGCUGAGACAGCUUCCCUGCAACCACCACUUCCACCAAUCCUGUGUUGACACGUGGCUGCGGAUCAACGCCAGCUGUCCGCUCUGCAAGGUGGACAUCAGCGGGCGGCCCAAGGAGGCUGUGGAUCCUGUGUUAGCUAAUGAGUUUGCAGCAGCCUCCUUCGUUUGA